AUGCAAAGGAAUCAAAUGCAGUAUCAAAAGUCAGGAAACCAUAAGUUUGGAAAUGGCAACCAAAGGGGAACUACUCAAAGAAGCACAACUCUCAACGGAAGGAAAGCUAAGUUCAACCCUAAUGUAACAUGCAGUCAUUGCAAGAAAGUAGGGCAUACUGUCAGUUAUUGUUACAUGAUUAUAUAUUUUUCGGAAGAUUUCGAGUUCACAAGAGGAAAUCAAACACAGACUAGAAGCAAUGGGGCAUUCCAAGUUGAAGGAAAAGAACCUGAUGGAACCAAUAACAAUGAAGCACUCAAUCAACACCUUUCACAUGAUCAGUUCACACAGUUAGUUCAAUUAAUCAAACAGGUCAAGGGAGGAGACUCAAGCAAUUCUGGAAAUAAUAUCAAUGCUAAUGCUGUUGCUGGUACUAUUGCUAGAUGUUCUGGAACUUGCCUUUCAAUUUUUAAUACUAAUACAUGGAUUAUUGACGCUGGUGCAUCUCAACACAUGUUUUGUUUACAACUUCAUUCUAUUCUCUUCUUCACUUUUAGUCACUGUAAGAUGCAGGGGCCUUUAGUGAAGAAGGCACAAGUUUUUGGUAAGGCAAGGGAUGGACUAUACCUUUUGGAGCCAAGUGGAAUCAAACCUAGCACAAGUGUGGAACCAAUUUCUGUUUUAAAUCGAGAUGUUUUUAAUCAGUUGACAGUUUCUUUUCCUGUUUCAGCAAGUUCAGUUUCAGAUGCAAGCUUUUGGCAUAUUAGGGCAGUUUGGAAUUUCCUUAUGAGCACCAAAAGCAAUGCUUUUGGUCUUCUAAAAAAUUUCCUCAUCAUGGUGGAAAGACAGUUUGGUGUAAGGGUACAAAAGAUAAGGUCAGAUAAUGCUUUUGAGCUUGGGAAAGGCACUCAGGAGGCAGCAUUUUUAGCUUCUCAAGGAAUACUACAUCAAACAUCAUGUGUGGCAACCCCUCAACAGAAUGGAGUGGUUGAGAGGAAGCACAGACAUCUAUUGGAAAUUGCAAGGGCCUUAUUGUUUCAGCCUAAGCUUUCUAAUAUUUAUUGGGGAGAAUAUGUUCUAACUGCAACUUAUUUGAUCAAUAGACUGCCUUCUAGGGUCCUCAAAGGAAAGACACCUUAUUUUGUUCUAUUCAAACAGGAACCCUCUUAUGAUUUUUUGAAAUGCUUUGGUUGUCUUUGCUAUGCAUCUACCUUAGUUGCUGGAGGAAGUAAAUUUGAUCCAAGGGCAAAACCCUGUGUGUUCUUGGGUUAUCCAUUGGGGCAGAAAGGAUACAAAGUUCUAGAGUUGGAUACAAGAAGAGUGAGAGUCUCCAGAGAUGUGUACUUUUAUGAAAAUCUGUACCCUUUUGCCUCCACUACUAAACCUAUAAAUUCCUUCUUCCCCGUCACCACACACCUAGACCAAAGUGCAGAAUACUCCUCAGAACAUACUGAAGUUGAGCCAGGAAUUCCUAAUUCACCCUCACCCUCAGUGCCUACCUUUUCUAACCCAAGCAACUCAAGCCACUUUCCUUCAACCACAGCCACAAGUCCUACCUUAUCAUCUAGAUCAUCUACUGUAUCACAUGUUCCUAUAAGCCUUCCUGAAGUCAGAAAAUCCACUAGACCACAUAAUCCACCCUCCUAUCUCCAGGAUUAUGUGUGCAAUUCAGUUUUUCUAACAGAUCUCACAACUUCCUGCUUCACUCCACCCAUUCAGCCUACUGUUUUACCCUUCACAACUCUUUUUUCUACAAAUCAAUCUAUGCUCAAUUCUACUUCCUAUCUUACUGAACCUUCUUCCUAUUCUCAAGCAUCAUUACACCCUGGUUGGCAGUAA